UCGUAGAAUCUUCCAGAAGUUUUUACAGAGGUAUGCCAUUCUAACAGCAGAGACGUGGCCAUGUUGGCGAGGUGCGGAACAGCAGGGCGUUUUGCACCUCUUGCGUUCUGUUAACAUGGACACGGAUCAGUACCAAAUGGGCCGCACCAAAGUCUUCAUCAAGAAUCCAGAGUCGCUGUUUUUGCUGGAGGAGAUGCGAGAGAGGAAGUUUGAUACAUUCGCCAGAACCAUCCAGAAGGCAUGGAGGAAAUACAUCGCCAGGAGGAAAUAUGAACAGAUGCGGGAGGAGGCCUCUGAUAUACUGUAUAACUUUAAAGAACGACGUAGGAAUAGUAUAAACAGGAACUUUGUCGGCGAUUACCUUGGCAUGGAAGAGAGACCUGAACUCCGGCAGUUCAUGGCCAAGAGGGAGCGAGUCGACUUUGCAGACUCGGUCAACAAGUUUGACCGUAGGUUCAAGUCUAUCAAGAGGGAUUUGAUACUGUCACCGAAAUCCAUCUAUCUAAUCGGUCGCGAAACGAUAAAGAAAGGACCAGAGAAAGGCCAGAUAAAGGAAGUUCUGAAAAGAAAGCUGGACAUUGGAAGUGUCCGUUCAAUCUCUUUGAGGUAAGUUGCUG